GUGCUCAUUUGAACAAGAGGAACCGCUACGAAGCGCGGAAGAAGAGCGGCCUAGUACUGAUAAUCCAACUUCUCAAGUCAAUAUUGUACGUAUAGUGUUGUUACGCUUGCACUGUGACAACCGCUGUAGACACUGUGCAUCGAUCCGAGCUCCUGAUCGGGAUGGAGUGGCAGCCAGAUGAGCAGGGACUUCAGCAGGUCCUCCAACUCCUCAAAGACUCACAGUCGCCCAACACAGUCACACAGAGAGCUGUCCAACAAAAACUUGAACAACUCAACCAGUUCCCUGACUUCAACAACUAUCUCAUCUUUGUUCUCACACGACUCAAAACUGAAGAUGAGCCGACUCGCUCUCUGAGCGGUCUGAUUCUGAAGAACAAUGUUAAGGCCCACUACCAGAACUUCCCCCCAGCAGUUGCAGACUUCAUCAAGCAGGAAUGUCUCAACAACAUCGGCGACCCAUCGCCGCUCAUUCGUGCCACCAUCGGCAUCCUGAUCACUACUAUUGCCUCCAAGGGAGAGCUACAAACAUGGCCAGAGCUUCUUCCCCAGCUCUGCAACUUGCUCAACUCAGAAGACUACAACACCUGCGAGGGCUCGUUUGGAGCACUGCAGAAGAUCUGCGAGGACUCGUCGGAGCUGCUGGAUAGUGACGCUCUGAACAGACCCCUCAACAUUAUGAUUCCCAAAUUCCUUCAGUUCUUCAAGCACUGCAGCCCCAAGAUUAGGUCCCAUGCCAUAGCCUGUGUAAACCAGUUUAUCAUUGGCAGAGCCCAGGCUCUAAUGGACAAUAUUGACACCUUCAUAGAGAGCCUGUUUGCGCUGGCAGCAGAUGAGGACUCUGAGGUUCGGAAGAACGUUUGCCGAGCCCUGGUCAUGUUGCUGGAGGUCCGCAUCGACCGCCUCAUCCCCCACAUGCACAGCAUCAUCCAGUACAUGCUGCAGAGAACCCAGGACCCCGAUGAGAACGUGGCUCUGGAGGCCUGUGAAUUUUGGCUGACUUUGGCAGAGCAACCCAUCUGUAAGGAGAUGCUGUCCGGACACCUGGUGCAACUGAUACCCAUCUUGGUAAACGGGAUGAAGUAUUCAGAGAUAGACAUCAUACUAUUAAAGGGAGAUGUGGAGGAGGACGAGGCAGUUCCGGAUAGUGAUCAGGACAUCAAGCCCCGUUUCCACAAGUCGCGCACAGUCACCUUGCAGCACGAAGGAGGGGAGGGCGAGGAGGGUGAGGACAUUGAAGAAGAUGAUGACGAUGAUGACGACACGCUGUCUGACUGGAACCUGCGAAAGUGUUCAGCUGCAGCACUGGACGUGCUGGCGAACGUGUUCCGCGACGAGCUGCUGCCACACCUCCUGCCUCUCCUGAAAGGCCUGCUCUUCCACCCCGACUGGGUCAUCAAGGAGUCUGGCAUCCUGGUGUUGGGGGCUAUAGCUGAGGGUUGCAUGCAGGGCAUGGUGCCCUACCUGCCGGAGCUGAUCCCCCACCUCAUCCAGUGUCUAUGCGACAAAAAGGCCCUCGUGCGCUCCAUUGCCUGCUGGACCCUGAGUCGUUAUGCACAUUGGGUGGUCUCCCAGCCGCCCGACUCCUACCUCAAACCGCUUAUGACAGAGCUUCUUAAACGUAUACUGGACGGCAACAAGAGGGUGCAGGAGGCUGCCUGCAGUGCGUUUGCCACCCUGGAGGAGGAAGCAUGCACAGAGCUGGUGCCAUACCUGAGCUUUAUCCUGGACACGCUGGUGUUUGCGUUUGGGAAGUACCAGCACAAGAAUCUCCUUAUUCUUUACGAUGCCAUAGGAACUCUGGCAGACUCAGUGGGUCACCACCUUAAUCAGCCUGAGUACAUUCAGAAGUUGAUGCCCCCACUUAUUGCCAAGUGGAAUGAGCUGAAGGAUGAAGACAAAGAUCUCUUCCCACUACUAGAGUGUCUGUCGUCAGUAGCCACCGCCCUGCAGAGUGGCUUCCUGCCUUACUGUGAACCUGUCUAUCAGCGCUGUGUCACACUAGUCCAGAAGACACUAGCUCAGGCAAUGAUGUACAACCAGCAUCCAGACCAGUAUGAGGCUCCUGACAAGGAUUUUAUGAUUGUGGCCUUGGACCUGCUGAGCGGACUGGCUGAAGGUUUGGGGGGUCAUGUGGAACAGCUAGUGGCCCGCUCAAACAUCAUGACAUUGCUUUUCCAGUGCAUGCAGGAUACUAUGCCUGAGGUGAGGCAAAGCUCCUUCGCUCUGCUUGGUGAUCUAACCAAGGCAUGUUUCCUCCAUGUUAAGCCCUGCAUUGCUGAGUUCAUGCCCAUCCUGGGGCUCAACCUGAACCCAGAGUUUAUCUCAGUGUGUAACAAUGCUACCUGGGCCAUUGGAGAGAUCUCCAUGCAAAUGGGCACAAGUGUCAAGCAGCAAACAAGGGAUUGUCCUGGUGCAGAGAUGCAGCCUUAUGUGGGCAUGGUUCUGCCACACCUUGUGGAAAUCAUCAAUAGACCCAACACACCCAAGACUCUGCUGGAAAACACAGCCAUUACGAUUGGCAGGCUGGGUUACGUCUGUCCCCAGGAAGUGGCGCCACAGCUGCAGCAAUUCAUUAGACCAUGGUGCACAUCAUUGAGGAACAUCAGAGAUAACGAGGAGAAGGAUUCGGCCUUCCGGGGAAUCUGUGUGAUGAUAGGCGUCAACCCUGCAGGGGUGGUUCAGGACUUCAUUUUCUUCUGUGACGCUGUGGCCUCCUGGGUCAACCCCAAGGAUGACCUGAGGGACAUGUUUUAUAAGAUCUUGCAUGGCUUCAAGGACCAGGUUGGGGAAGAGAACUGGCAGCAGUUCUCUGAGCAGUUUCCUCCUCUGUUGAAGGAGCGCCUGUCGGCCUGCUACGGCGUCUAACCAACCACCCCCUGGUCCACACAGGACACCAACCUGUUAGGUUAAUGUAGGGGAGGGUUACUGGGGAACUCAUUGCACUGCCCAGAUUGUGGGGGAGAAACAAGAGCUGGAGGGAUGUGACUGGCCUUGAUCCUCCACUCAGCGGAUGGCCCCCUUUCCCCCCACGCCCUGUGUGUCUCUGUAAGGGAGGGUGGGAGGAG